CACACACACAGAACGGCCGCUGGACUCCAUUAACGCAAACGCAAGCUUCAGGAGCUCCGCCGCUGGACGCGAUUUUUUUCUUUGUCGGGAAGCUUCCUCAUGAUAGGAUUAACCUCGCGGUGGAAGGAAAGCAAACGCGCAGCGUGCUGAAGCUCGGGCACUGAAGCGGUGUUUCGGCGGAUCUCUGAAGGAUGGCGUUGGACGGUAUACGGAUGCCGGAUGGCUGCUACGCAGACGGGACCUGGGAGCUGAAGAUGCAUGUCACUGACCUCAACCGGGACGUGUCUCUCAGAGUCACCGGGGAAGUCCACAUCGGCGGUGUGAUGCUCAAACUCGUGGAGAAGCUCGAUGUGAAGAAGGACUGGUCUGAUCACGCGCUGUGGUGGGAGAAGAAGAAGACCUGGCUGCUAAAGACGCACUGGACGCUUGAUAAAUAUGGCAUUCAGGCCGACGCCAGGCUGCUCUUCACGCCGCAGCACAAGCUGUUGCGCCUGCAGCUGCCCAACAUGAAGCACAUGAGGGUGAAGGUCAACUUCUCUGACCGCGUCUUCAAGGCCGUGUCCGACAUCUGCAAAACCUUCAACAUCCGGCAUCCUGAGGAGCUCUCCUUACUCCGCAAGCCCCGCGACCCCAAGAAGAAGAAGAAAAAGCUGGAGGAGGCGGAGGAGGAGGCGCUGGAGCUGGAAGGACCACUGCUCACUCCUGGAUCAGUCUCUGAGAUACUAUACAUUGGACCAGUAAAAGGAAGCAUCUAUUCUAGUCCUGGACUUUACAGCAAGACCAUGACACCUACCUAUGACUCUCGGGACGGCAGCCCUCUGUCCCCCACCACAGCGUGGUUUGGAGACAGUCCGCUGUCAGAAGGCAAUCCCAGCAUCCUCGCUGUCAGCCAGCCCAUCACCUCACCCGACAUUCUGGUCAAGAUGUACAAACCACAGUCCCUCCUGGACAAGGCCAAGCUCAACCAGGGGUGGCUGGACUCCUCCAGAUCACUGAUGGAGCAUGAUGUGAAGGAGAACGAGGUUCUUCUGCUCCGGUUCAAGUACCACAGCUUCUUUGACCUCAACCCAAAGUAUGAUGCCAUCAGGGUGAACCAGCUGUAUGAGCAGGCCAAGUGGGCCAUCCUGCUGGAGGAGAUCGAAUGCACCGAGGAGGAGAUGAUGAUGUUCGCUGCCCUGCAGUACCACAUCAACAAGCUGUCCAUCAUGUCUUCAGACAAUCACAUGAACAACAGUGAGAAGGAGGUCGAUGAGGUUGAUGCAGCUCUGUCAGAUCUGGAGAUCACUCUCGAGGGAGGAAAGACGUCCAACACGCUGGGUGACAUCACAUCCAUUCCUGAACUGGCCGACUAUGUGAAAGUCUUCAAACCAAAGAAACUCACUCUGAAAGGAUACAAGCAGUACUGGUGCACGUUCAAGGACAUCACAAUCUCCUGCUACAAGAGCCGCGAGGAGGCCCACGGCACGCCGGCGCACCAGAUGAACCUGAGAGGCUGUGAAGUCACACCAGAUGUGAACAUUUCCGGUCAGAAAUUCAACAUCAAGCUGCUAAUUCCGGUAGCAGAUGGUAUGAACGAGAUCUGGCUGCGGUGUGAUGCUGAGAAGCAGUACGCUCAGUGGAUGGCAGCUUGCCGUUUGGCCACCAAAGGGAAGACGAUGGCAGACAGUUCCUACAACUUAGAGGUCCAGAACAUUCUGUCCUUCCUGAAGAUGCAGCACAUGAAUCCUGACCCUCAGAUCAUAGAGCCCAUCACCAUCGACAUCAACCCUGAGUGUCUGGUGUCUCCACGAUACCUGAAGAAGUACAAGAACAAGCAGAUUUCGGCCCGUAUUCUGGAAGCCCAUCAGAAUGUGGCUCAGAUGAGCCUUAUUGAGGCCAAGAUGCGCUUCAUACAGGCCUGGCAGUCCUUGCCAGAGUUUGGAAUCACACAUUUUCUUGCCAAGUUCCAGGGGGGCAAGAAAGACGAGCUGAUUGGCAUCACCUACAACAGACUGAUCCGUAUGGACUCCAGCACAGGAGACGCCAUCAAGACCUGGCGCUUCAGCAACAUGAAGCAGUGGAACGUCAACUGGGAGAUUAAGAUGGUGACGGUGGAGUUUGCGGACGAGCCCAGUCUGGCGUUCAUCUGUGCCGAGGUGGACUGCAAAGUGGUGCACGAGUUCAUCGGCGGCUACAUCUUCCUGUCCACGCGUGCCAAGGACCAGAACGAGUCUCUAGACGAGGAGAUGUUCUACAAGCUGACCAGCGGCUGGGUCUGAGCGCCACAACACUUCAUCCUGCUACUUUCACACUUCUUCUUCUUUCUUCUUCUCUCUCUCUCUCUUUAACCACUCCAUCGUGGCUGCAUCAUAAUUGUUUGAAAACUGAUUUUUUUUGUAAUUCUGUUUAUGCUUCCCUCCAGAAGUGAUGUGAGAUGAAGCAUUAGUAGCUGACCGCUAUAUAUGACCUUUGACCCUCAAUAGAAAUACGCCAGCUUUGUGCACCGCCGAAAUGCCAAUUAUUUAUUUGUCACUAAUUUACGUGGUCUCUCUGGGUAGCUGUCGAAUGUGCGGUGCUCGUUUGUGCCUAUUAAUCUGUAAUGAUAACUGUCGCAUUAAAGCGACGUUAUAGAGACACUAGAAGGAAAUGUUACACUAGCUUUAACGCUGCCGCAUCUGAACGCUCUCGACCGGUGAGUAGAUGACACUACACUUCAGCUCGGCAGUCUUUGGUCAAAAACCCAAUCAGUUUGGUCCUUUCUAAGCACUUGGAAGAUAAGCUGUCACUUGAAGGUUCGUGUGUUCAACACUACAUUACAUGUAAUGAGAUGGAUAUUUUUUUACACUUUGAAGGAGAAGAGUCAUCCACUUUUUUUUUGUAGCAACAUAGGAGAACGUUUAUGAAUCUGUGGCUCCACAGUCUGCUUUUGAAGGUCAUUAUUGAUUGAUUUCACGUUUCAAGUUUCUUUUUAUUAUGAAGUCUGUUAUUUUAUUCAUCAUGCUUUAUUGUGAACCAGUAUAGUAUUAUUCAAAAGCGUUUAUGUAAUACGCACCAGCGAUAGGUCACAAACCAUGCAAUUUCCUUUUCUUUUUUUCUUUUCAAAAUGAAGGAUCGCUAAAUGAAGUAUUCGAUUAUUUUUUUUUGUAUCUAAUGUAAAAAACACAGGUUUAAAAAAAAAAAAAAACAUUGUAUAGUUAUUUUGUUGCUGAUUUUUUUCUGUCAUUUUUGGAAGUGUAUUUUUUCCAGAAGAGAGGAGAAAAGCCAUUUUUUUGACAUUUACGGAUUGGUGCCUGACGAUCUUAAAGACUUUUAGAAAUAUAUAUAUAUAAGUGCAUAUGAAGAAGUGUGGAGCUCCUGGCUGGAAUACAAUCAUGUCGAUUAUAUCUCUGAUGAGAAGGAGCUUCUGGUGGUUUUAUUUAGUUUGUCCUGCCUUAACUGACGAAUAUCCACACUCGUUAGAUUCUGCUGCAGGAGCGUAUAGCCUCUCUGAGCGUGGGCCAUACACUUCAACACUAAUGAAGCACAGCAGAAUGGCUCUUUCUGUGCCUGUUUAGUGCAUCACUUCUUGUCAGUAUCGUCUCCUGAUGUUUCUCCAUAUGAAGGUGGUUUCGUUGUUUAUUUGAUUUUGUUUUUCUCAGAUGCCAGCAGUGCGUUGCAUGGCCUACUGUUUUAAGAUUGUAAAAAUGCCAUUUACCUGACAAAUAAAUAAAUAAAAUCAUUUUUAUUUAAAAUCACAAGAGGAUGAUUCAGUGUGGUGCAGGCUGUAACGGCCCGCCUCCUCCACAAGAGAGCAGUCUUCAACAAAGUUUGCAAUUAAAACUCAAAUAAGUGGCUUAACUCAAAUUUGGAGCAGGUUUACUGUCAGCAGUGGCUUGUAUCUCUCUAUCACACAAAUCAGGGGGUUAAACUAUUAUUUAGACAGUUUGGUAAAGGCAUAUUAAAUGAAUAGAAAAUAAAGCGGCUCAUCAAAUAUUGAGUUUGGUUUACUAAGGUAGCAAAGCAGCACGCUGAACAUUAUUCUGUUUAAGCAGCUCUUCAUGUGCUAACUGUUUAAACAUUUAUUUGAGAGUUAUAAUUGCUAUUUUUGGCAGUCACUGGAUGUAUUAGAAACCUGUUUUUCUAUUUCUCGAACACCUGUCUAUCAUAUUGUGAGUGUUGAUGGUUUCUGUAUGACUGAAAACUACAAGUGUGCCGCAACAAGUCAUCAACUCUGCAGCUUUUCUUUGACUAAUGUUCUUGCAUUUGUUUUAACUCAUGAUUAUCAGAUAAAUGUCCUUUUAAUUUGGUGUAUGGUAAUUUUACUAUGUUUUUGAAUGACCAUAAACAUGGCAAAACAAACUAGUUCAUGGUCUUGGUCUUCUGUGACGGCUUCAGCCGCAGAGCUCGUCUGAGCUGGAGAUACUUGCGUAGGCUACUGCAAGAGCAGCAAAAACAACUCUCCCCAAACUCA